AUGGCAGGACAUCUUCAAUUCCUGGAGCGAGUAAAGGGGAUAGCCCUACCACUGAAUGGCUCACUCAGCUUUCUGAAUGACUGGACUUAUUUCACCGACAAUCCCGAACGAGACUUUGGGAGAUUGACCACCACCGGCCCCUACGCCGGAACGCUGAGCGGGUUCACGACCGGCAUCAGAUUCAGAACUAGAUAUGGAAACCUAGUCCCCAAAGAUACCAAAACAAGGCUUUGGGCAAGUGACUCAGGUCGUGUGGUCGACACUGCCCGUCACUUCGCCUCUGGCUUCUUUGGCUUAGACUGGGAGAGCUCUGGAAAAGCGCAGUUGGAGAUCAUCCCCGAGACCUUUGAAAGAGGGGCAGACACUCUGACUCCAGGGGAUACUUGCCUCUCUUAUCUCGAAGAUACCAUUCGUGGCCAUGACAAUGGGAUGGAGAUGCUUGUCCGUUUCCAGAAUACCUACAUUCCCGAGAUUGCGAAACGUCUGAUACGCGAUAACAAUCCCGGCCUACAGACACUUUCUAAUCAGGAAGUGUAUAGCAUGCAGGAGAUGUGUGGGUUCGAGACCAUGGUGCGAGGAUCAAGUCCGUGGUGUGAAGUAUUCACCGAGGAGGACUGGUUGAACUUUGAAUAUGCCCGCGACUUACUCAUGUAUUACCGCGCAGGCCCGGGCAAUCCCUACGCUGGCGCGAUGGGAUGGCUUUGGUUAAAUGCAACCACUGGACUACUUCACGACGGGCCGAAGGCUGGAAGUAUGUUCUUGAGUUUGUAA